CUGUGGGCACGCAUUGGGCGGCGCUUGCCGGCUUCAAAGACGCGGUUGGUGUGCAGCGCGAGGCCGCGAGGUGAAUGUUGGCAUCCGAGCAGCUGCCGAAGUCUCUGCGAUCCGUGGAACUAAUGUCAGCUCCUGUGACCUGUGAAGUGUGUCGGAACGCUUGCGGAGGCCGUGUGCUGGUGCGUGGAAGCUCCAUCUGAGCAUGCAGCUUUGGACCGAGCUCGGUAGCUGAGGCAGCGUGUGCAGUUUGUGUGAUCGCGGCGCGCGUCGUCUUGGGGGCCUUCGUAUCGCGGCGCCUCGAAGAACUGGUUUCCAGAAAGACGUGUGGAUUAGAACAGGCUAGCCGCCGAUUGUUCGAGCGGGGAUAACCUGCGCAAGAAGGAUGCCUGGGAGUCGCCGCUGUUCCUCCUGACGACACCUGUAGUGUCCCACAGCAGCCGCAGCCAUGCGCCGCAACACGCGGCGUAUGCUGAAGCUGGCGCUGACGGCGCUGGCGUUGGUGUUGUGCACCACGCUGCUGUUCCGCACUCUAGCAGGCAGCGGGAACCAGGUGUUGGACUAUGUGCCUGGCGGUGCCUCCUUCCUGCCCAGGGCCCCGCGGGAACCCAACGCCGGCGGCGAGGUGUUUCGACAGCAAGAUGGCCUCGUUGGGCCGCGGGCAAAUGGGAACGACAGUAAAGCGGUGGUUAACCCGGCGCAGCAUCUACGCGCCCCGCCUGGUGUAGCCAACGAACUGUCAGCCGGUGGCGAAUUGGACGCUGACGGCAAGAAGGACUGGCACGACCUCGCCAUGAUCAAACGCGAAGCGGAGGCCAAGGGACCCGGAGAGCAGGGCGCCGCCUUCUUCCUUCCUGCGGGAAUGGAAAAGAAGAAGGAUGAACUGUACAAGGUCAACGGCUUCAACGCCCUGGCCAGCGACUUCAUCGCGCUCAACAGGUCGCUGCCCGACAUCAGGAAUCCAGGAUGCCUGAAGAAGCACUACGUGCCCAAGCUGCCGACGGUGAGCGUGAUUGUUCCAUUCCACAACGAGCACUGGACGACGCUUCUGCGUACUGCUACCAGUGUGCUCAACCGGUCACCGCCGGAGCUGAUCAAGGAGAUCAUCCUGGCCGAUGACUACAGCAACAAAGAGCAGCUGAAGAAGCCCCUGGAGGACUACAUCGCCAAGCACUGGAACAAGGUGCGCGUGGUGCGUGCGACGCGGCGAGAGGGCCUCAUCCGGGCUCGACUGCUGGGUGCUCGGCAGGCGACGGGCGACGUGCUCAUAUUCCUCGACUCGCACACCGAAGCCAACGUCAACUGGCUGCCUCCGCUGCUGGAGCCCAUCGCCCAGGACUACCGUACCGUGGUGUGCCCCUUCAUCGACGUCAUCGACUACGAGACGUUCGCCUACCGCGCGCAGGACGAAGGAGCCCGGGGCUCCUUCGACUGGGAGCUCUACUACAAGAGGCUGCCGCUGCUCUCGGAGGACUUGGCCAACCCCACCGAGCCCUUCAAGAGCCCCGUGAUGGCCGGCGGCCUGUUCGCCAUAAGCCGUCGCUACUUCUGGGAGCUGGGUGGCUACGACGAAGGGCUGGACGUGUGGGGCGGUGAGCAGUACGAGCUGUCCUUCAAGAUCUGGCAAUGCGGCGGAACUAUGGUGGACGCGCCCUGCUCCCGUGUGGGACACAUCUACCGCAAGUUCGCCCCGUUCCCCAACCCGGGCAUAGGGGACUUCGUCGGCCGAAACUACCGCCGUGUAGCCGAGGUGUGGAUGGACGAGUACAAGGAGUACCUGUACAUGCGGCGGCCUCACUACCGCAACCUGGAACCCGGCGACCUGACCGCGCAGAAGGAGCUCCGCAAGCGGCUCAAGUGCAAGUCCUUCAAGUGGUUCAUGGAGAACGUGGCCUUCGAUCAGCCCUCCAAGUACCCGGCCAUCGAGCCGCCCGACUACGCGUGGGGAGAGAUCCGGCACGAGAAGAGCUCGCUGUGCAUCGACACUCAGUUCAAGGGCCAGAACGAGCGGUUCUCCCUCGACAAGUGCAUCAAGGACCACCGAGACCAGUCGGGCGAGCAGCAGUUCGUGCUCACCUGGCACAAGGACAUCCGACCGCAGAAGCGCACCGUCUGCUUCGACGUAUCCAGCUCCGAGGCCAGGGCGCCUGUGGUGCUGUGGAGCUGCCACGGCAUGCACGGCAACCAGCUAUUCAAGUACGACACGACGACGAAGCAGAUCAGCCACCCCAUCACAGCCUCGUGCCUCGACUGCGACGCGGAAAGGCGCGAGAUUUUCAUGAACUCGUGCGACCCGAACUCGGCGUCGCAGCGCUGGCUCUUCGAGCACGUGAACGAGACGGCGCUGACCAACUGGUGAUCGCCGUAACAAAAACGUGCAUCGUCACUAUAGCUUGCCACGCCUUCGGGAGCCGCUCCCGCGACCUUCGACGUCAUUCUUGACUUCCCUGGUCUAAGCGCAGCGACGCUCUUGGACGAUCCACAUCGCCUAGUGCGUGCAACUUCUGGCCGUUUUAUUGAGAGUCGCUUCAUUGAUUGUUCCGUCUGUUCAGCCACUUGGGCACCAAACUGUGCGCCGUGACUUGAACUGCGUGCCGUGAAUGUGAGAUGUUUAGUUCGGAGUCAUACUGAACGUGUGUGAAGGUGUGACGAACUAUGUGCUAUAUUAACUGGAGUCUCUGAAGGCGCAUUUUGUUGCUUAUUUUUGUUUUUCCAAGUGACUUGUUUGUAGAAAGAAACGCAGAGUCUCCACAUAUCUUUCAUGGUUUACGAGGUAUGGGCAUGGGACACGAGAAAGCCAAUGUUGUGUGGAACUGUACGUCUUAGUAUCCCCAUUCAGGUCGCAUCGCUGCGUGAAGUGGCUCUUAGGAUCUGGAAGGAAUGGAUAGACUGUGUAGAAGACUUAAUGUGUGUCGAGAAAGCUCAAUGCGUGUUUGUGUGCUUUUCUUGCGAAGACGAAAGAGUGCUGUUUCCGGUAAGGCGGUGUAAUCAGUACCCACGAAUGAAGACGUAAGCACUCGUUCUUUCAGCCCGGUGAUUGAAGUUUGAAUGGGCGUACUGCGACGUACAUCGGUGGGCGCUUCCGAGCGGGAAUUAGCAUUCCAAUUUCAUUCCAGCCCACGGAGUGCGCUCGAUUCUUCCUUGAGUGUUGCUGCUGUGGUGGUCGGUGCUUUUGCGACGUACUGUUCAGGUGCGACCCAAGUACUCUGGUUCUUCAGACAGCGUUCUCCUGUGGCCACGAGGACCGUCUGAAGGUUUCCCCGCCGAAAGCAGCGCCGUGGCAUCUAUCUCCGUUUGUGUGUGUGUGACCGUGUUUGAUUGGAAAAUGUGCAUCUGGCGAGAGACUUCUUGAACUUGUCUGACAACUUAGUGUUGGCUUUUUGAGUGUAUUUUUCUUACAAGCAAUAUUUGUUGUUUUUCUUGUUCUGAAGCGUGUGUUCGAGCGUUAAUUGCGUGCUUGGGACCGUGCAUAAUAAGGCUGCCGAGUCCCGUGCGCGUUGUUUGUAAUAACUGGUGUUUCUUUAUUAUAUCUUUUUUUUUUUUUUGCUAGAGCAGCGAACAGAGGUCAGCAGUCUGACAGAAAGUUCCAUCAGUUUCCGAGCAGGAAUUCGUUGCUUGCGACUUUACGAUUGAGUUUGCCAGUCACGUGAGGACAACUUAAUCAUCGGUGUUUUUUUUUUUUUAGCCCUACUCGCUAUUGUACAAUAGCUGUCGUGUUCACAGCUGUCUCUGACGCGAUGGUUUUACAUACCGUGCAUGACCACCAUCACUGCAUCAUCCGAGUUAACAUUUAUCGUGGAGAUACCGGCAACAGCUGUACCGUUCCGUUUUACAACGCCAUUGUUUAUUGUCGAGAUUUUCAAUAUAUUUUUCUCUUUACCUUCGGCGUACCCGUAUAAAUCCGACCCUUUAGUCAGGCGAGCAACGGAGCUCGUUAAAGACCGAAAAAAGAAAGCAUAGCCACGCGAAAGGAAUGAUGGCAUGAACCACAUAUACGGCUGGUUUAUAUGGGGUCGUCCACAUCUAAGCUGGACACCUCAUUAGUAUUCAACACCUCGUAGAAGCUAAUUUUUAAUGCAUUAUUCGUAAAAUUAUUGUGUCUAUCGGUAUCAUGAUUAGACGUCAUGUAAUGCACAUUUGCCUCGUGAAGUACAAUAGACGUUCUAGAUUUAGCGACUUGAAUAUUAACGGGGUGUUCACCUUAAAUGUGGUCCACCCUGUACACCGCGGUCAACUGUUACAUGGAACAUCGGAGCGCAUCAAGGCACCCUACGCGUGGCGGCCGCUCGGCGCCACCACCGGCCGGCGACUGAAACGAGUUUCGCGCAGGCACAGUGAGUGCUAUGAGUGUAGGGAGCGUACUUAUGCGCGCCUCCGUGGUUUUAAAGACGGAGGCACGGAGGCGCACACAUGCAGGCUCCCUAUAAGAGUGGCCUACCACUGAGACCGGGACCCUUGCCACCCCUAUCCUUGCUGCCGGCCUGCUGCUCUUCGUACUGAUGACCUCUGUGCCUCCACACCUCUAACCCUCUCUCUCCUAUCCACUGUCAUCCCAUCUCCCCUUUCCCGCAGGCGCUGCGCCGUGCUCCCGACCGGGCUGCAGAAAUUAGGCGCCUUUUCCUCUUCAAACCACUACCACCACCUAUAAGAGUGGAGCUCUUUCGCCGUCCGCUACCGUCUGCUGCCGCGCUGCGAAUCGUCGCGAAGCGAACCGUUCGCGCGAUGACAGAGCACCUAGCACGAUGUUCACUGCGCCUGCGCAAAACUCAUUGCAGCCACCGGCCCGUGGUGGCGCCCAGGGGUCGCCACGCGCUCUGAUGUUCCAUGUAGCAGUUGACCGCGGUGCAUAUUCGUAAUGGAUAAGCCGUAUAAGUGGCUCACGGGACCACCCGUAUUCGGGAUGGGGCUAAAACACACUUUCAAGCGUACUUUGUUACGUUAUGUUUAAAAAACGCCGCGAAAUAAAUCGGGAACUUAAGGUUGUGGCCAGAUACACUAUGGAAAGGCGUUAGUCGAGGUAGAGAAUUCUGGCUAGGGUGUCUUCGUUUGCACUUUCGAAGUCUGCGCCUCUUCGUCGCUCUAGCGUUGUGAGAAAUGGGAAACCGGUGAUAAAACCGUCGUGCCAAGUAUUCUGAAGCAUUUUCUGCGUGUGCCAGCAGUAUGUGAACGCCUCGUGGUCAGUUUCUUAUCUAUAAGAAAAAGACUGUCUCCAUUAUAAGUGCUUAAAAUAUCAACGAGGUUACCCGCUUGUUCACUGCUAACAUGUUUCUUUGGGCUGGUGACUGCGAAACUGCAAGUAACCACAGUGCAACUUAACUAGAUCGGAUAGUGCAGUGGUUAACUAAUGAUACUGAUUAGUUAAUGGUUGUUACCGCACCAUCCUUUCAAUUCCAACUUGCUCGAAUUUCUUCGUUAAAAAGUGCUUUCUUUUACGCAGUUAAGGAAGCAAUAGCCUUAUCUAUGGAGAAUUACUAGUAGACGUUUAUUAAGCCUCAUUAUUUUUUUUUGCCAGGUAUCUCGAAGGUAUGCAUCGGCUCCGUAUAACUGCACAAAAAGAGGGAAUAGAGACUGCACAGGCCAUAAGCUAAUGGGACCUCGGGCGUAACUGCGACAUCCCUUGCCGAAUAUUGGUUCCACUGGUACCUAAUAAACUAACUGUUCUUUAAGUUUCUCUAAGUAAAAAAAGAAUUGUAUGUAAUUUUUUUUGUGGCUUUAAGCAGCAGCUGGCUCGACAACGAUUCGGGUUUCCGUCUACGUGAAGCUAUAGGUCAAAGUACUUUUGUUUUAUAACAUGUGAUAUUUCAGGUCUUUCUCAUAAAAAAAAAAUUAAGGCGACCUCGCAGGGCUCAUUCUACAUCGAAAAAAAAAAAUGGAAAGCGAUCGCUAUAAAUAGCACGCCGCAUUGCUCGAGUCUUCGGAUUUUCCAGUGCAGCAUUCACUUUGCCUCAAACAAGCUUGUAUUACUACAUUCCGUUUUGUUCAGUUAACCCAGAAAACCAUAAAUUGAAACAAAGAUGUACGCCAUCUUUAUAGUAAUUAUAGUUGCGCUAGUGGUGUUUGGAGACUGUGAUACACGUUAUACAAGCUCACUGAUCUUUUUCCAAAUACAUUUUUUUUUCGUGUCGUGCAAUAUCCUCGAAGUCUGCGUAGUUGUUGGUUUAAAAAAAAAAAACGGGAGGUUUUUGCUGUUCUUUUAUACUUUGCGGCUUACAUAUUGUGUCCAUUGUUCUGUCUUGCGUCAAGUUACAUAUUUUGAAACGGAAACCAGGCUCAUGCGAUCGGGGAUCGACCUUCGCGAGGGCACUACCGAAAUACACGGAAACAGAGGUACACUUCGUUUCUUUUCCUUGUACUUUUUUUUUAUGGUCGUGGAGUCGUCGCAUUCCAAACAUUUCCUGAGCGCGUUGCCAUCUAUAAGUCAAACGAGAGUUUUUAUUUGACGCUUUUACUUUUUUACAUUUGGUAACCUUUCGUUUCAUGUAGCGUCCAUCAUCGCUAUUGGCAGCCGGUGCAUGGAGACUUCUCUUUUUGGUUCAUUGAAAAGUGCCCUUCCAUAUUGGAGGAAGGUAGAAAAACAAGCUUCAGGACGUACCCUGAAGUCGCACUCCCUUAUGCGGCGACAAACCAAAUGUGCUUAUUGGGUGCACUUUGAGUUUCCUUGGCCAAUCACAGUGAAGGCCUUGAGAACGUGACAGGGAGAGGUACUUCCCUCCUCCGGGCCUCUCUUUUAUAUGAGCGAUUAGAAACUUCGUCGUCUUGUUCGGCAUAGUGCCGAAGCUAAAGUCCCUAGAUUUUUUUUCUCUAGAGAAAAAUCUAGGGACUUUAGCCGAAGCAGCAACGUCACUUAAUCCCUCGUAGAACUUGGAAGUAUAGUUCAAAUAUUUCUGCACGGAACUGGGGUGUGUGGAACCUACUAGUAUAGUCGCCCAGCGUGCUAGUAAGGGACGGUAGUACAUGGAGUCGGCUAAUUUUCGUCCUUUUGAACUUGAAGAAGGUUUUCUCAUUCAUCAAAGUCGUCAUUUCACGCCAAACAUUCCGCUAUAAAUGUAACAUGUUUGCUAUGACUGCGCAUGUGGAGCUUCCAGCGUUUAGAAAACUACGAGCGUUUGGAAAUUUAUGAGGACUCUGUCUUAUAAAUGCCUAAGGGGCAUUUUAAUCUACAUGCACGAAUAUUGGACGAAUUCGUGUAGAACCAUCAUUACCGUAAUAAUAAUACGAUUGCAGUUCCGAAGUUCUAUGUAGUGAAUU